AUGGGGCCCGCCAGGGCUCUGCCCCGUCAACUCCUGGGCUGGGCCGAUGUCAGGGAUGGGGUCUCCCCGCCCCACAGCCCCGGGGACAGCUCCCUGAGGGUGGACAGUGCCCCGGAGGACGCGCUGUGCCUGCCGCUGCUGCUGUGUGGCGGCUGGAGGACCAUCCGCUGCAGCCUGGUGCCCGUGGUGCGGGUGAGGCGCAGGGUGCCCGUGCUGGAGGAGGCCGAGCGCAUGCGCGGGUUCCCCGAGGGCAGCCUGCGCCGGGCGGCCCUGCAGGAGGUGGCCCUGGUGCCCGCCAGCGCCCAGCACUGGAGGCUGUCCUCGGACGCGCUGCUCGCGGGGCUUGUGGACGCACUGGGCUCCCUCCCCGGCCACCGCCUGGACGGGCUCGCCAUCCUGGACCGGGUCAACCACGAGAACUGGCGCCGAGGCGGCCAGGACCCUGGCCUGACCUUCGGCCACCUGCAGAUGGUGCUGCUGUGGGCGGCUGUGCUGUUCCCGGCGCCCGAGGACUGGGCGGAGCUGCAGGGCGCCGUGUACCGGCUGCUCGUGGUGCUGCUGAGCUGUCUGGCCUCGCGGGACCUGCCCCACUUCCUGUGGCCGGAGCACAAUCUGCUGCGGGGCGCGGGCCUGGACCUGCACGCCGUGUACCAGCACGCCGAGCUGUUCGCCAGCCAGCCCGAGGCCGCGCUGCGCCUGCACGCCACCCACCUGGGCCGCAGCCCCCCGCCCCGCAUCGACAGCGGGGCCAAGGCGCUGCUGCAGCUGCCCGCCAGCGACCCCGCCUACUGGGCCACCGCCUACUUCGACGUGCUGCUGGACAAGUUCCAGGUUUUCCACAUCCAGGACAAGGACCGGAUCUCGGCCAUGCAGAACAUCUUCCGGAAGGCCAGGACCCUGGGUGGCGAGGGGAGCUGAGCCACCCUGAUGGCAGCCUGCGGCCGUGGCCGGGGAGCGCGGGCGUGGCGGCCCGGGGCCCUCCGGACUGCCGGGGGCCCUCAGGCCCGGGUGUGGGGGCGGCCUCGGGCGGCCCCUGCCCGCGCCCUCCGUGGGGGCGCAUAAUAAAUCAGUGUGGGUGCCCACACUGUG